AAAGGGAGGUACUCGAUGAAUGUCCAACUGGUGUACACACCAGACUACAGAAUCUCGAAUGCUGUAGUGAAAUGGCCAGGAUCCACACAUGACAGCAGGAUCUUGCAGAACAGCAAGUUGGCAAGGAAGUACCAUGUAGGACAGCUGAAAGGGAUAUUGCUCGGUGAUUCUGGGUAUCCCUCAAGACAAUGGCUGAUGACCCCCUUGCAGAAUCCCCAAAGCCAAGCUGAGAAAGCUUACAACAAUGCACAUAUCCGAACAAGAGUUCACAUUGAGCAGGUCAACGGUCAACUGAAACAAAAGUUCCGGUGCUUGCUUGGACAUGGACUGCAACGGAAGCCAAGGCAUGCUGUCAAAAUCAUCCUGUCCUGCUGCAUCCUCUACAACCUCAGCAAGGACUGUGGGGGUCCCGACAUGGAACACGAAGAGGGAGAGGACGAAGAGGGCGAGGACGGAUAUGAAGAGGUACACGCAGCUGCACAAGAUGAAGUCUCUGGAGUUGCAGCCCGGGCAGAGAUUAUCCAGUACUUCGCGGUCUAG